CCCCGCCCGCCGCGUCCGGAGGCUGUGGCGGAGCGGCGGGAGCGCGGCGGCCUGCCGGUAUUGCCGGAAGUGGCGCGCGGCCCUGCUUCCGGCGCGGUGUGCAACCGCCGCGGGCGGCGAUCGGCGGCUCCCUGCGGCGGGCAUGGCGCUGUGGCUGCCGCGCUCCCGGGACGGCGGCGGCAGGGGCGGCGGCGGAGGCCCUCCGUCGGAGGAGGACGAGGAGCGGGCUGUGCCUCCCGCCGCCCGGCAGCGCCUGCUGGAAGCGCAGACCUACAACCAGGGGAUUGAAUUAGUCUGCCAAAAAGAAAAAGAGUUUGUGAAGCACUCUGUAGAGUGCACGUGGAAUCUUGCAGAAGCCCAGCAAAAACUUGGUAGCUUAGCGCUGCAUAAUUCAGAAUCCUUCGAUCAGGAAUGCGCUCGAGCAAAGACUGAAGCUGCAGAGAUGAGAUGGAGGGAAGAAGAGUGGAGGAGAAAAGAAGAAGCACUAAACCAACGGGAAAGGCAGAAUCCAUGGAACACAGAUCCUGUUAGUAAGGAGGUAUUUAAUAAGAGUUUUAUUAAUCAAAAAAGAAAAGAAACAGAAGAUGAAGACUUGUCUGAAUCGUUUAUGCAAAAACACGAACAAAAGAUUAGACACUUUGGCAUGAUGAGCAGAUGGGAUGAUAGUCAGAGAUUUUUGUCUGACCACCCAUAUCUUGUAUGCGAAGAAACGUCUAAAUAUCUCAUGUUAUGGUGCUUUCAUCUAGAAGCUGAACAGAAAAGAGCUCUGAUGGAACAAGUAGCACACCAGGCAGUUGUAAUGCAGUUUAUUAUAGAAAUUGCCAAAAGUUGCAAUGUGGAUCCAAGAGGCUGUUUUCGUCUCUUUUUCCAAAAAGCCAAAACAGGAGAAGGGUAUUUUGAGGCUUUUAAAAAUGAACUUGAGGCAUUCAAGACAAGAGUGAGAGUCUUGUCACAAUCACAUGGCUUUCAAGGUAUCUUACUACAGGAUCCCAGUGUCAAUCCUAGUCUUAUUGGACAGCUGACAUCUUUGUCACAGAACACAAGUGGUCUACAAGGUUCCAUAAACACAAAUGUCUGCAGUUUAAACUCUGUGAUACAAAGAGAUGAAGAAGAAUCCAAAAUGAUGGACACAGUAUAGUAUUGUUAAGACUGAGGCCAAGUACUUUUUUCUUUUUUUUAACAAAGAAAAGAACAUGGCUAUUUUCUUGACACUUAUUUUUCUGGGUACUGCACUUUAUUUUUGGUGUCAGAUUUUUUUGUUGUUGUUGUUUUUGUUUGGGGAGUUUGAAGGGUGGGUAAUUCAGAAAAACUUGUAAUAUUGUUUGAAAAUGUGCUGCUAGGUUUUUGGUUGUCCUUGAAGAGCAGGGUUCUCAUAUUGCCGAAUGUGAAACUGGAUGUGUUUUCUGCUACUAACCUUGCCUUUCAUGACUUUAGAAAUCAAAGUAUGAAAACAAAUCUGCACAAAUACAAUGUUUACAAGAAGCAGUAGAUUCUUGGUAGAAUCUGCUAUUGUCUUAUUACAGAUGUGGACAUGUCUUACUCUAUGAAUAUUGGAGAUCACAACUGUAUUCAUGCUACCUUGUUGACAUUAUAAGCUCUCAAAUUUGGUUAUCACUAAUAGCAAUAAAUCAAUACCUGGUAUCAGUA